GAAUUGUUCUGGCAAGGGCGGUAGUAGGAGCGAUCAGAUAGGCCACAAUGUAGCGCACAUGUGGAGAUAUGGGACAGAGGAUGCUAAGGAGGAGGAUCACGAGAUAAUAGUACAACGCAAUCUCUCUAGUCGGGGACUAAAAUCUCACCAUAAGAGGAAGAGGAUUGAAGAGGAGCUACCUCUUGAUUCUAGCAACUGUAUGGAGGUGGAGUAUGCUCCUUCAAAAACCGGGGGUGGUGGGUUAGCUAAUAGUGGUUCGCCAAACGAGAAUUUAAGGAUGCAUGUGGUGGACCUUUCUUUUUUAAAAAAGAAUACUUAUGUAUUAAUAAUAAUGAACGUGACAAAGGACACAGCAAACCAAUAACUCAGAGUUAUCCUCGGGUGGGACAUAGAACUGACCAACUCCUGAGGACCUGACAAAUUCGCUAACCUUGCAACAUGGUAGGUUGUUAAUCAAGCAGCAUUGCUGCACUUGAUACUAAGGGUAUCGUUCAUGGUUAAGAUCAAAAGGUCAUGGACGAAACGUGAGGCUAGGGACUGGUUCAGAUCUGGAUCGGAGGCAAGGAGCGGAAGAUGCUUCAGUACUGUUCGACAGUCCCCCUCCUGAACCGCCGCCAUGGAGUGCAAGAGAGUUUAGGAUUUGGAAGCCGUGUUUUAAUUUUAUUGUUUGCGAAUCGCUUUUUAAUUUUCAUGAUCAGACUUUUCUGUUUUACUUUUAUUUUUUCUUUUGUUGUAAGACUCUUACAUUAGUUUGGGGGAUAAGAGGUUUACGGUAAUUGUCAUUGGCUUUAUGUUGCUCAAAUUAGGUCUAGCGAGUUAUAUUGCUUUGUCAAAGGUGAUUAACUCAGAGUCUCAGCCAAGGGCGGAUGGUUACAUGUGGUCCUUUUGUUAUCUUGUACCCUGUUGAAUAUUGUGAUUUAAUUUAAGCCAUUUGUUUGAGG